UAAGAACAAAAUCAAAACAAAAGCGAAAAAAAAACAAAAGCAGAGCAUGAAUAAAAACAAAAACAAAACCGAAAUCUAAGCGGAGAAUGAUGACACAUGCUCAUAAAUGUAUCUGUAUCUGGGAGAGAGUGAAAGCUUUUCACUGAGCACCUUGAAAGCUCGGCUCUCCGAUUUCGCCCAGUUGCCUUGUGCCGCUUAUUCGCAUUGUUUGGCACUUUGUUUUGCCCAUUGUCCUGAUCGUGUUGUUGCUGCUAACAUUCUAUAUAGUAAAGUUUCCGAUUUCAUUUCCGUUUCCCUUUGAUUCGAUUCUCUUCGUUCCGUUUCGUUUCGCCCGCCGACUUUGAAAAUCGGAUAAAACCAUUAUGCAUCUCUGUCCUUCUUCUCCCUCGUCACUGGUCUCUACGUCCUGCACUUUUCCAUAGCCCUGAUCCUCGUGAACAAGGAAGUGCCACAGACACGCGGAAUGCUAUAUCCCAGGGAAUCGGAGACGCGGGAGGUGCGUUCUCUGGACGGGAUCUGGAACUUUGUGAGGUCGGAUCAGGCGAAUCCCACGCAGGGAGUGCGGGAUGAGUGGUACGCCAAGGAGUUAAGUAAGAGCAGGCCGACGAUUCCGAUGCCAGUGCCUGCUUCCUACAAUGACAUCACCACCGAUAACCUGAGGGAUCACGUGGGCACUGUGUGGUAUGACCGCAAGUUCUUCGUGCCCCGAACCUGGGCAAAGGAUCAGAGGAUCUGGCUGCGGUUCGGCAGUGUUCACUACGAAGCCUAUGUGUGGAUCAACGGCCAGAAGGUAGUGAAGCACGAGAUGGGUCACUUGCCCUUCGAGGCGGAGGUGACGGAUCUCCUGAAUUACGGAGCCGAGAACCGGAUAACGGUGAUGUGUGACAAUGCACUGAUCCAGACGACAGUGCCGCAGGGCAGGAUCACGGAGGUGCCCAACGAUGAAGGAAUGACCAUUGUGCAGAGCUACACCUUCGAUUUCUUCAACUAUGCGGGCAUUCACAGAAGUGUGCAUCUGUACACUACGCCACGAACCUUUAUCGAGGAGGUUGAGGUCACCACAAACUUGUCUAAAGAUGCAAGCGUUGGCGACGUUUUCUACAGCGUGAGCGUGAAUGGAAGCGCUGCCAACGAGGCUGAUAACGUCCUACAUAUUCAGGCCAACCUGUACGACAAAGAGGGUAUUUUGGUGGCCAAUGCCACGUCGGAUGGGAAACUUGGCGGCCAGUUGCAGGUGAACCAGGUGAAGCCCUGGUGGCCCUACCUAAUGCACCCCAAACCAGGUUACUUGUACGAGCUGGAGAUCAAGCUGCUGGCGACCAACGAGGAGCUUCUGGAUGUCUACCGUCUCAAGGUGGGAAUACGCACUCUAAGUUGGGACAAAAAGCAGUUCCUGAUCAACGGAAAGCCCAUUUAUUUCCGUGGGUUUGGACGCCACGAAGAUGCGGACAUUCGUGGCAAAGGGUUGGACAAUGCCUUGAUGGUUCGUGAUUUCAACCUGCUCAAAUGGAUCGGAGCGAAUUCAUACCGCACUUCCCAUUAUCCUUAUUCCGAGGAGUCCAUGCAGUUUGCGGACGAGCACGGCAUCAUGAUCAUCGACGAAUGUCCCAGUGUGGAUACGGAAAACUAUAGCCAGGAACUGCUGGGCAAACACAAAUCCUCGUUGGAGCAGCUCAUCCAUAGGGAUCGGAAUCAUCCGAGUGUGGUGAUGUGGUCCAUUGCGAAUGAACCUCGUACUGGCAGCAUGAGUGCGGACUCGUACUUUGAAUUGGUGGCCAAUUUCACGCGCUCUUUGGACAGUUCAAGACCCAUUACGGCUGCCAUUGCCGUCCCUCACACCCAGGAUAAAGCGGGCCGUUCUCUGGACAUCAUUAGUUUCAAUCGCUACAAUGCCUGGUAUUCAAACACCGGACGUCUGGACAUGGUUACCCAGAAUGUGAUCGACGAGGCGAUCGCCUGGAACAAACAUUACAACAAACCUAUUAUCAUGUCUGAAUAUGGAGCGGAUACCCUGGAGGGUUUACAUAUGCAACCCGCUUAUGUGUGGUCGGAAGAGUUCCAAACGGAGGUCUUUUCCCGCCACUUUAAGGCCUUUGACGAGCUGCGCAAGAAGGGCUGGUUCAUCGGCGAGUUUGUGUGGAACUUUGCUGACUUUAAGACUGCUCAAAGCUACACCCGUGUGGGCGGCAACAAAAAGGGCGUCUUUACCCGCGCUCGCCAACCCAAAGCGGCUGCCCAUCUUCUCCGGAAGAGAUACUUCGCCUUGGGCAGGGAUCUGGACCAAUGCAGCUUCCCGGAGGAUCUCUACACGUACAUUGCGACCUGAAAACUAAAUGAAUAGAUAGAGAUUUUUGUCCCUGUAAAUAAGCUUUUUGGCCAAGAAAAACUUUGAUCUUGGUAACUGCCACUCUGGAUUUGCAUUUUCCCCAAUUUCCAUUACGCUGCAUUGCCCUGUAUAAAAUAAAAUGCCUAGUUAUAGUUCAUUGUAUUUUUGUAUGUAUUUAUAAGCGUAAGAUAAUAAAUGAAAGUGCAUUGUUUAUACUU